AUGCGUAUGGAACUUAUCUUGACUGUAUCUCUGGCUAUACUCCCUCAGGGCUACGACUACGAGCGCAUCUUCGGCGCGAACUGCGAGAUCGUGUGCGGGUACAUCCCCAUCCCCGUGGGCAUCGUGGGACCCCUCACGCUCAACGGGCAGGAGGUGUACGUGCCCAUGGCCACCACCGAGGGGUGCCUGGUUGCCAGCACCAACCGCGGCUGCAAGGCCAUCUCCCAGGGGGGCGGAUGCCGCGCGGCGCUUCUCAAGGACGGUAUCACUCGGGCGCCGUGCCUGCGGAUGCCCGACGCGAUGGCGGCGGCGGACCUUAAGAAAUGGUCGGAGACGCCGGAGAACUUCGAGGCCAUCAAGGCCGCCUUCCAGACCACCACUCGGUUCGGCAAGCUGCAGGGGCUGAUGUCCACCGUGGCCGGCCGCAACGUGUACCUUCGGUUCAACUGCUUCGCCGGAGAUGCUAUGGGAAUGAACAUGGUCUCCAAGGGGGUUCUGGCGGUCGUCGAUCUCUUGCAGGAGGAAUUCCCUGAGAUGGAGCUGGUGGCGAUUUCUGGCAACAUGUGCACUGACAAGAAGUCGGCCGCGAUCAACUGGGUAGAGGGCCGCGGAAAGUCGAUUGUUUGCGAGGCUCGCAUCCCGGGGAAGCACGUGGAGGCCACCCUCAAGACCACCGUCAAGGCAAGGGCCAAGGGCACAACGAACAGUAUUGAGUUGCUUUUUUCUGCGAUGGUAGAGACCAACAUCCAGAAGAACCUUGUCGGGAGCGCCAUGGCCGGUGCCCUCGGCGGCUUCAACGCCCACGCCUCGAACAUCGUGACCGCGGUGUUCCUCGCCACCGGACAGGACCCCGCACAGAACGUGGAGUCCAGCACAUGCAUCACGCUCAUGGAGGAAAUGGACAACGGCGACCUUCUCGUGUCGGUAAACAUGCCGUCAAUCGAGGUCGGCACCGUCGGCGGCGGCACCAGCCUGCCAGCACAGGCGGCGUGCCUGGACAUUGUGGGCUGCCGAGGGGCGACCCAGGCGCCUGGCCGGCCUGGGGAAAACGCUCAGCAAAUGGCCAAGUGA